CCCUGCUGAGUUCCGCUGCUUUCUCCCGCUGUGUUUGUUGUGUUACGACCCUUCACGACCCUCACCGACCUCGCCGUGCCACUCACGACAUUCACGAUCCCAUUCAAGCCAUCAUGAAGACCACUCCGAACUCCGCUGUUGCCGCCCAGCGCCCGCGGAUCCUGCUGAGAGAGCUGAGAAAGCGCAGACACCCCCGGCGGUCGGACUCGCUCCCAUGCCUGCAGCUCGCGCCUGAGAACCGGCCGUAUUUCGUGUGCGGGGCGUGCCAGUUCCCCAAUGUGCUCUGCGAGCUGUGCCCGUGGUGCCUAGCUCGCUGCGAUGCCGCCGCGCCGGUCGCGGUCGUCGUGACAGUGCGCCGGCGGCUGAGCUCGCCGACGCUGCUCAACGACGCGCAGAAGGCACAACUCGCGCGGAUCGAGAGGCACGGCGCGCGCGCGGCAACGCGGAAGCCAACGUCAUCACACGCUUGCCGAAGUGACGAGAGUGCUCCCGAUGAUCUACGCGAGCUCGGCGGCUGUGAAGGGCAGCCCGAGCCCGCCGCCGUCGAUCGCGUCCGGCGUGCACAUCGCAACGCCGUCCUCUACUCUGCGGCAGACGUUGUUGCUACCGCGACCGCGGACUCGAGCUUGCAGCCUUUCCUCGACGAAAUCACUGCGACGCACCUGGAGAACCUCGAACUCGAACAGAGGCCGACGACCGUGGUAUCGCGCAAGCCUUCGCCCCCGCUGACGCCGUCUGCACGACCUUCACGCCCUUGUACGACCACGCCACGAAUGUCGACGCGCGAUGUCUCCGCAACGGAAUACAGUGAGCCUCGCACUCCGCCCUCAGGGCCUCCCUCUCCCCUACCCCACACACCCUCUCUGCGUCGCAAACGCCGCAUGUCUGUCCUCCGCCAGCGAUCGUCAUGCUCGCUGCGGCGGCGCGCGACCACCACGGGCUCGACAAUGAGCCAUAGAAGAUCAGACACGGUGCCCGCGACCCCCACUUCACCACGGCCGAAGGCCCAUUCCGUGCGUUUCAGCUCGCCGCCGCCCGGCUCGGACCCGGACAUGAUCCCGCUCGGACACCCGCAGCGCCCGCUGUACACCGCGAUCCGCAAGAACAUGUCAAGUCCAGCACCGAGCGUCCGCGGGAGCCUGGACGCAACCUUCGAUCCGACUCUACUCGAGCGCGGAACACGAUCGCUGGACAUACCUCGUUUUAACUCCCUUGGGCGCUCGUAUCUGAGCGUGGCGGCGUAUUCGCGCCCGGUGCUAUUUCCGCCAUCUGCGAGCGGGUUUUCCGUGAGCGGAGAGACGGAGCUGCGUAUGGACCUCGCGCGGAGCCGGUCGAUGGAGGGCGUGCCCUCAGACUUCGCGUUUAGCGAGGUGAAGCCGGACGCGUCGCGGAUGAAGGCAAAGAUGAAGAGCUUUGGCAAGACGUUGAAGAGCCUCCUCAAGGGCAAGAUUUAGAAUGUGCGCGCGGAAGAUACCCUCGCGCUACCCGGAUGGAUAGAAUGAUUGGAUGAUAUACUGUUGGAACGUCGGGGGCUGGUGCCUCCCGUCUCGAUACCUCCUGAUACCUCAUGCACAUAUGCUUCAUGUCACAUACCCCAUGCUUACGACCCCUUGCAAACC